AUGUGCAGGAUCUUGUGUAAGCCCAGUGAAGGGAUGUGCAGAAUCUUGUGUAAGCCCAGUGAAGGGAUGUGCAGGAUCUUGUGUAAGCCCAGUGAAGGGAUGUGCAGGAUCUUGUGUAAGCCCAAUGAAGGGAUGUGCAGGAUCUUGUGUAAGCCCAAUGAAGGGAUGUGCAGGAUCUUGUGUAAGCCCAAUGAAGGGAUGUGCAGGAUCUUGUGUAAGCCCAGUGAAGGGAUGUGCAGGAUCUUGUGUAAGCCCAAUGAAGGGAUGUGCAGGAUCUUGUGUAAGCCCAAUGAAGGGAUGUGCAGGAUCUUGUGUAAGCCCAAUGAAGGGAUGUGCAGGAUCUUGUGUAAGCCCAAUGAAGGGAUGUGCAGGAUCUUGUGUAAGCCCAAUGAAGGGAUGUGCAGGAUCUUGUGUAAGCCCAAUGAAGGGAUGUGCAGGAUCUUGUGUAAGCCCAGUCAAAAGGUGUUGGAUCUUCUCUGA